ACAGGACAGGCAACGCUUAUGCAGCAACCAGAGUGCAGGUUUCAUUAACGCCGAGAAUGCUGGGGGUAGUUGUAGCUCUCAAACGAUAUAAGGGACUAAUGUCAUCACAGACACGCUGCGUCAAUAUUUUGUCGUCAUCAGUAGUCCGGGCUUCUACCAGAACCAUCAUCUGAACUUGACCGAAAACUUCAACUAAUCUAGUGCGGACAACAGCUAUAACCCAUGAUGGCUUCGGUCGGGAUGUCGAGUUGGCCUAGCUCUAGGGCCGUACGGACUUGUACCGAGUGUAAGCAGUCUAAAGUGUGUUGGCUUGAUUCAACGUAUGACGGCUGGACGUGAUGCUAAAAAACCGCGAUAGUUGCGGUGCGAUUCUCGGGAGCGAUUCCCGAACCCAUGCACCCGAUGCCAGUCAAGAGAUUUGCAAUGCGUCGUGGAUCCUUCCUUCAGAAGAAUGCCGACUAGAAAGUAUGAUGUCAAAUUUCCGACCCCUUUAUAAGCCAAGACUAACCUGAGCCGUGUUACGGCCUAAAGGCGAAUAGAGGCCAUGUCCAAAGAACUUAACGAGCUUCGGAGCCAAAGCCUUAAGCCAGGAGCCACUAGCAUGGACAGCACCAGCUUAUCACCCAACAUCGCAGGAAGCUUGCCAUCCAACACACCCGCGGAUGAUUUCAGCCUGCCUCUUGAAGCCGUGAGCAUUGGUCACGUUAUUAUUAGCGCUGAAGUUGCGAUUGAAGCAUUCAAGAUAUUUGCAAGCCUAUUUCAUCCCAGGCUUCCUAUAAUAGUGUCGAUAAACGUAUACGCCACUUAUCAGUCCUCCCAGCUCCUAUUCUGGACUAUCAUAACUAUCGUUGCUUCACGCCUCACGAUCCCUUCAUGUGAAGGGCUUUACUACCAAGUAAUAGAGCCAUUCCAAGACAUGGUAAAGACGGAAGCUCUACAAGCGCCGCUUCCUCUGCAAAGUAUAUUGGCCUUAUCAAUCUUAUGCGUAUGGCCAUUACCGGUGGACAGACAGAUCAAAGAUCCAAGCUGGAUAUACUCUGGAAUCGCUACGAAUUCAGCCUUCUAUCUAGGCUUGCACCGAAUCAACUCACAACCUUACAGUAGCAAGUUUAACUGCCCAGCCAACUCCCUUGAGAAGAUCACGGCCUGGCUAGGAUGCUUCUACGUGAGUAGCUGCUUGAGCAUGAACUUGGGCCUUCGAGUCAUGUUGGAUAGCUCCUCGGAACUAGGAAGAAUCACAGCCUACUUGGAAGAAUUCCCUAUACCACGCGAGUUUGCGAGCGAGAUUAAAUUGCAGGCCAUCAUCGCCGACUUUAAGAAUGUAUUGUCCCACACCUGCCAUGAUGGCACGAUCGACUCUUCUAUCCUCCACCUUCUCGAUCGGGAGCUCGACAACUUGAGAUCAUCAUAUCCUGACCAGUGGCCGCGUAUGUUGGAGUAUAACACUCUGAUUGCCAAGCUACACAUGUAUGUGGUAGUAAUUGCAAGAGAUAAUAAGAGUAAUAAUACAGCCCGGGAUGUCCUUCUCAAGCUGUGCUUCUCGACGGCUCUUCGCAUUGUCCAUCUCGCCAACCUGCGACGGACUGAAGACCUGCCAGAAUGCCACGGACUGUCGGCUGCACAGCAACAACGUGCACUUCCCAAGUCAUACUUUCACGGCCUGUGUUUCACAGCUGUGUUUUUGAUUAGGUACUUCAGUCUUAACCCUAUGGCCCCAGCCGAGGAGCAACAAUUAGCAGCAAACCACGUAGCCAUAUGCCACGCUAUAUUCAAAUCAUAUCCUAGUCCUACCCAUGAGUUCGCUAGGGUUGCGAAAACCAUUGAGGACCUGUGUCAACUUCCUCCGACCACAAUCGACCCAGGGGUUGUAGCCGGGGAUAAAGCAGGCGUGUGGGUUCUUUUACAAGCACUGCAAGCGGCCAAGAAGAAAAGCGCUCAGACUACAGCAGAGCGCGAAGCCCUCGCUACGCCACUAGAGCAUCCAACUUCAAUAAGCCCCAGCCUGUCAACAUCAUAUCAAACUUUAGAUUUGUCGGUCAUAGAUAUGAUGUUCCCAGACCAGUAUUGGAAUGAUCCUACUUGGGAACCUUUCAUGGAACUGCAAUACCCUGUAGGCCACAACGGUUGACCACCCAACAGCAACCUCAGGUAUAUAUUCACUUGGAAUGAACAAGAAGGAUGAAUAUCAACCACCCUUUGAUAACAGGAAGGGCUAAGAAAUCAGCCCUUACUUUUUGUCUGCCUCCAAGCAAGUCGCUGGUCCUUGGAUAUGAUUGCGACGUCUACCAACCGUUAGCCUCUCGUCAUUUCCCCUGAUUUUGGCGACUAAGUCUUUGUCUG